CAGCUCGAAGGCGGCUUGGGCGGCGAGGAUGCUGCCCAGGAAGCUGUGCUGGGUGCCGCUCCUGCUGGCGUUGGGCGUGGGGAGCGGCGGCGACAGCGGGGACAGCCGGCGGCGCCGCCUCCUUGCGGCCAAAGUCAACAAACACAAGCCAUGGAUUGAGACUUCAUAUCAUGGAGUCAUAACGGAGAAUAAUGACACAGUCAUUUUGGACCCACCGCUGGUAGCCCUGGAUAAAGAUGCACCAGUUCCUUUUGCAGGAGAAAUCUGUGCUUUCAAGAUCCACGGCCAGGAGCUGCCCUUCGAGGCUGUGGUACUCAAUAAAACAUCCGGCGAGGGCCGGCUCCGAGCCAGGAGUCCCAUCGACUGUGAGCUGCAGAAGGAAUACACAUUCAUCAUCCAAGCCUAUGACUGUGGUGCUGGGCCCCGAGAGAUGGCCUGGAAGAAGUCACACAAGGCCGUGGUCCAUAUCCAGGUGAAGGAUGUCAAUGAGUUUGCUCCUACCUUCAAAGAGCCAGCCUACAAGGCCAUCGUAACAGAGGGCAAGAUCUAUGACAGCAUACUCCAGGUGGAAGCCAUAGAUGAGGACUGUUCCCCCCAGUUCAGCCAGAUUUGCAACUAUGAAAUCAUCACAACAGAUGUGCCUUUUGCCAUCGACAGAAAUGGCAACAUCAGGAACACUGAGAAACUGAGCUAUGACAGGCAACACCAGUAUGAGAUCCUAGUGACCGCCUAUGACUGUGGACAGAAACCUGCUGCUCAGGACACGCUGGUGCAGGUGGAUGUGAAGCCGGUUUGCAAGCCUGGAUGGCAAGACUGGACCAAGAGGAUUGAGUACCAGCCUGGUUCAGGGAGUAUGCCUUUAUUCCCCAACAUCCACCUGGAGACGUGUGAUGGAGCCGUGUCCUCUCUCCAGGUCACCACGGAGCUGCAGACCAACUAUAUUGGGAAAGGCUGUGACCGGGAGACAUACUCUGAGAGAUCCCUUCAGAAAUUAUGUGGAGCCUCAUCUGGCAUCAUCGACCUCUUGCCAUCCCCCAGCUCUGCCACCAACUGGACUUCAGGACUGCUGGUGGACAGCAGUGAGAUGAUCUUUAAGUUUGAUGGCAGACAGGGUGCCAAGAUUCCAGAUGGGAUUGUGCCUAAGAAUCUGACGGACCAGUUCACCAUCACCAUGUGGAUGAAACAUGGCCCCAGCCCUGGUGUGAGGGCUGAGAAGGAAACCAUCCUCUGCAACUCAGAUAAAACUGAGAUGAACCGGCACCACUAUGCCCUGUAUGUGCACAACUGCCGCCUUGUCUUCCUCUUGCGGAAGGACUUCGACCAGGCUGACACCUUUCGCCCUGCAGAGUUCCACUGGAAGCUGGACCAGAUUUGUGACAAAGAGUGGCAUUACUAUGUCAUCAAUGUGGAGUUUCCCGUGGUCACCCUCUACAUGGAUGGAGCAACAUAUGAACCAUACUUAGUGACCAACGACUGGCCCAUUCAUCCAUCCCACAUUGCCAUGCAGCUCACUGUUGGUGCUUGUUGGCAAGGAGGUGAAGUUGCCAAACCACGAUUUGCUCAAUUCUUCCACGGCAGCCUGGCCAGUCUUACCAUCCGCCCUGGCAAAAUGGAAAGCCAGAAGGUGAUUUCCUGCUUGCAGGCCUGCAAGGAGGGGCUGGAUAUUAAUUCACUGGAAAGCCUCGGACAAGGAAUAAAGUACCACUUCAACCCCUCACAGUCUAUCCUGGUGAUGGAAGGAGAAGACAUUGGGAAUAUCAACCAUGCCCUACAGAAGGUCUCCUACAUCAACUCCAGACAGUUCCCAACAGCAGGCGUGCGGCGUCUCAGAGUCUCCUCCAAAGUCCAGUGCUUUGGGGAAGAUGUGUGCAUCAGUAUCCCUGAUGUGGAUGCUUAUGUGAUGGUCCUGCAGGCCAUGGAGCCCCAGAUCACCCUGCAGGGCACAGAUCACUUCUGGAGACCUGCUGCCCAGUUCAAAAGUGCCAGAGGAGUGAUCCUUUUCCCAGAUAUCAAAAUUGUGAGCACCUUUGCCAAACCUGAUGCCACGGGGGACAUGAAAACCACAGCCCCCAGAUCAGCAGUCUUAGAGGAAAUGCUUCACAACUUGGAUUUUUGUGACAUUUUGGUGAUUGGCGGGGACUUGGACCCAAGACAGGAAUGUUUGGAACUCAACCACAAUGAACUCCACCAACGACACUUGGAUGCUACAAACUCCACCGCAGGCUACUCCAUCUAUGGUGUGGGCUCCAUGAGCCGCUAUGAGCAGGUGCUGCAUCACCUCCGCUACCGAAACUGGCAGUCAAGCUCCCUUGAGGCUCGGCAGUUCCGAAUCAAGUGUUCAGAGCUCAAUGGGCGGUACACUAGCAAUGAGUUCAACGUGAAGGUCAGUGUGCUACAUGAAGUCAGAGUCCCAGACAAGGAGCACGUCAACCACCUUAUUGUGCAACCUCCCUUCCUCCAGUCAGUCCAUCAUCCUGAGUCCCGGAGUAGCAUCCAACGCACUUCAGUGGUCCCAAGCAUUGCCACAGUGGUCAUCAUCAUCUCCGUGUGCAUGCUAGUGUUUGUUGUGGCCAUGGGUGUGUAUCGAGUUCGGAUUGCCCACCAGCACUUCAUCCAAGAAACUGAGGCUGCCAAGGAGGCUGAAAUGGAUUGGGAUGACUCUGCGCUGACUAUCACCGUCAACCCCAUGGAGAAACAUGUAGCACCAGGACAUGGGGAAGAUGAGACCGAGGGAGAAGAGGAGGAGGAAGAAGCGGAGGAAGACCUCAGCUCCAGCAGCAGCGAGGACAACAGUGAAGAGGAGGAGGAGGCAGGAAUGGGCAGAGGCAGACACGGGCAGAGCGGCACCAGGCAAGCCCAGCUGGAGUGGGACGACUCCACUCUGCCCUAUUAGUGCCUGCAGUUCCACUGCCUAGCCCGCGUGUCCCUUUUGUAAAGCCCGCCCAACCCAGUGUCUGCCUGAGCCUAUCACACUCACCUCUGAUCUCUGUGACAGCUCUGGGAAGGCCUCUGCAGCUUCCUCACACCUGCCUGAGGGGCAGCUCCCUGCAGCAUCAUUGGAGGGGACUUCAGGAUGGACUUUUUCCUAUCGCCCCCACUCCUCCACCUCUGGGUUCACCCAGCAUCUUGUGAGUCAUUCCACAGAGUUCUGAGCACCUUGCUCUUUUCUGUAAAAGACAAGGCCCAUCUUUAUGUCACUCAGCUUCCCAGACUCAGUGUUCCUGAGGCCCUUGGGUUCCAACUCACAGUGUGCAUUUCUCUACUCACAGCAGCAGGUCCGCCCCGUGCUCACUCUGUAGGUUCCUUUGCACAGGGAAAGAUGUAGAACUUCAUGCCUUAGGUCUUAGGGCUGGACACUUGAAGGGGAAACCCUUGUUGAGGCAGAAUUAAGUUUACAGGGAAAGACACACACAUACUUUCCAGCUUGGAGAGCUUUUCCUUUUGCUUCUUUCUGAGGCCCCAUAAAUUCAUAUGGCAAGUACAAAACCAAGGAUUUGUCCUUAUCCACUAGCAGAGUCUAUCCUCAGCCAAAGGUGCCCACCUGCACUGAGAGCCAUUAUGGCUACCUCCCUGGGACACUCGCCACCCAAAUCUAGCAGACACAGGAAGCAUUCCACACAGGCACUGCCCUGGGGGUGACAGCCACACCAAAGUCACAACCAGAAGUAGAAGAAGGGCUGACGGAUGACAAGUAAGGCUGUGUCAUCCUCUACUAGGAUGCAGAUGUAGGAGAGGAUGCAGAUGUAGGAGACAAGUGAGGGUGGUUGGGCUCCCUGGGACCGAGGCAGCCUCAAAGUUGACAAGGUUCUCACAACCACACCCCAUAUCCUUUUAUCUCUUGGGUUGCAAUGUUUUACCUUGAGAAAACACACCCUUCUCCAAUGUGCUAGAACAUACAUGAACUCCACAGGUUCAAGAUGAAAGCUUGGAAACCUAACCGCUAGGAAAAUAGAAGGAUAUUUAUAACAAUAGCAGUUGCUUCUUUCUUUUUCUCAUAAAAGGAAGAAUGCUUUGAGUAGAGGCAAAUAUGUUCAAAACCCUAAUUUCUUUCUUCGUUCUUCUUGUUUUUUAAUGAGGAAUCCUUUCCAUCUCCAUUCUAACAUGGACCCUGCAUGAAGAGAAUUGUUGCUAUAGCAACUAGUGGGUGAUCCUUGUGGCCGAGAGAAUAGCAGGCAAGAAUUAAAGCAGUAAUAAGCCUUCUUUGAGGCUGUAAGGACACAUUUGUUUCAAAUGUCUUGGGUGCCUCUUUGUCCUCAGAAUAUACAAGCUAUCCACAUGCUCCCAAACUGAUCGCAUAUUGAUUAGACACAGGCACAGAACUGGUCACCAGUCAAUACCAUUUUCAUGUUCAAUAGAAAGUUCAGCAUUUACUUAGUGUCUUCUCUGUGUCACCCAAUUAAAGAACAUAAGUAGGGGAACCACAGCCAGUGUCCUCUAUUCCAGUCUCCAGUCAGUCAGGAUCCACAAGAGGCCUUUGCACCCUUCUGACCAGUAGGAGCUACCUUGCACAGCUCUUUCCAUCCUGAAGUGUUUUGCAUCCUUUCCUUCCUUUGACCUUUCCAAUAAUCCUGUGAAAUGUCUGAUGCCUUUGUUGUUAGGCACAUUUUUGUGAUGUAUAAACUGAGGCUCAGAGGUUCAGUAACUUACUCAUAGUUGUUGAGAAGUAUAAUAAGACUGGGCUCUCAUCCUCCACUGUUGAUCUUGGAUUCUACUUAUGUUCAUACUGAUGUACUUAGGCAUUCCAAGCACUUUGUGCUAAGCAUUCUACCAAAAGCUGUGUGAAAGGCAUAUAGGUGAAUGAGCUACAGAGUCCUCCCUACAGAGGACUUGAUUACCACAGAAAGGUCAUAGAGGCAGGCAUAUAAAUUAUAUGCUGCAUGCAGAGGAAGAGAGAGGAAAAGUCACAGAAGGAAGAGGGGCAUGUUCACAACUCAGCUGGUGGUCUUUUCCCUUCUUUGAAAUGGCAAUAGAAGUAGCUUGAGAUUUUAUAUUCAUCAACAGGAAAUAAACGUAUCUCCUAUUACUCUCCCCUUUUCUAUCAGGUGGUGUCUGCAUACCCAUAGGGAGAAAUUCUGCAGAACUGAUCAGGUUAUACAAUCUCACUAUUUCAAUAAUAAGACGUUCUUCAGUCAGGCAUUUAGGAACUCCUGAGUUCUACCAAAAUCAUUGCAAAAAAAGGAACAUUUUCUAUAUUUAAGCCUAAAUCCUUUUUGCCUUAGGUUUUUGUUGAAAAUAUUUAAGUCUAGGGUUUCUAAGUGCACUUUUUUCUCCACUCUAUCUUUCCAGCUUGAUUCGGAGGAGAGGGCACAUCUCAUAUCCUUAGGCUGCAUUAAUCAUGAUUAGAUAGACUGUUUAGAGCACUAGGAAACCUGUAUACAUUUGGUUGAGGUGGCAGGUGAAAGUGGCUAAGGCAGAAAAGACGUGUUAUUUGAAGGAGCCUUUGGUGACUGGACUCAGAGAAACAGGGAUGACAGAAAAGCAGAGCCCUCUCCCUCUACUUUGGCUAUAAGAUGCAGCGCUUGAAAGAUACUGCCAGGUCAACAGGCAUUUAUCCUGUUCUUGGUACCCUAUUCAUAGACGAAUAAGAUGACAGCUUCAGGAGGCCUCCAGAUGAGUAGUUGGUAAUAUAAUUUGCUCUGCACCUGAUAUUCUGACCAUAAAUGAAAAAUAUCAUUAAUAAGUCUGGCAUUUUCUAGUCUGUGCAUGCUGCUAUUUUGCAAACCAAAACUCUUAGAUGACCUGGGCACCUUGUGACUGACCUCUCAUUCAGACAUCAGCAGUCAGGCAGAUGCAGUUUCAGAACCAUGAGGAGCAGCAGACUGAGUUGGCCACCAGCCAGUCCACUACUGUCUUAUUAAGUGAGUGAUAUCACAAAUCUACUUUUCAGAAUUAGAAAAAAGCAAGGUUGAAAUUUCUUAGGCGACUCAGAUGACAGGGGAAAGGAGAGAAAGGAGACUGAGAUUGCAAAAGACUGGGACAUAAUGAGUUCCCCAGUGGAGUAAAGCAAUCAACUGGUUGGUGAACAGUCUUAAGAAAUACUAAACCAUAUAUUCUAACAGGUUUAAUCAAAUGCUCUAAGUCUGGCCUAGGCCCAAAGUCAUGAGACACAAAAUGCAAUUCCAUGGGUUCCCUUUCCACUAUCACCUUCUUGGAUUUACUUAAUCAUUCUGUGUUACAUUGUAUAGACCAAAGCCCUCUGGAUUUAACAAGGGCGGUCCUUGUAGAUGUGGAUUCUCCUGUUGAAAAAUAGUGCCCUCCAUUCCUGUCUGACAGAGGUCACCAAACUUUAUCUGCAAAUAGUAAAUAUCUGCACUGCAAAGCCCUGAGGCUUCUGUUGCAAGUAUUGUGUUCUGCCUUGUAGCAAUGAAAGCAACCACAGACAACACAUGCACAAAUGAAUGUUCCAGGGAAAUGGUAUUUAUCCAUGCGCUGACAAAACUUUAUGGUCACUGGAAAAGCAGGCAACAUGAAUUCAUAUCAUUUUCAUGGCAUGAUUUUUUUUACUCUUUUGAUUUUUAUUUGGAACUACUCAAAAUCAUAAAAACUUUCCUUAGCCCACAGACCAUAUGAAAAGUAUCAGUCAGCUAGAAAAGCAGACAUGAUCUGAGGGCAGCAGCAUCAAUGGCAGGGAAAUUUUUUUCCUUUUCUAGAAGAAAACAAAUUGCUACCUUAGUCCUCCCAUCAACAGUUUGGUUUGGAGGCAGGCUCAGAAGUCUGCCUCCAAAACAAACAGUAGGAAAACUCCAUGGUUCUUCAUUAAGUUCUUUUAGAAUGUCAUGCUCCAGGGGAAACAAACACAAAACAAAACAAACAAAAACACUUGUUAUGUUUGAACUGUCAAACUCAGAUGACUUCCUAACAGUCGAAGGCCUGGGAUCCAGGGAACUGACUACUGUGUAGGAGCUCCAUGGAGGCAAAUAUUAACUCCCACCUGACGGGGGCGUGUCUAAGUAGGUGUGUUCGCUUUCUUAGGCUGAUUUACAUCUCAGCUCUGCUCAUACCCUGGAUCUAAAAAUGACCCUAGAGACUUGUGACUGUUUAAAUCAAUUGCAAUGCAAUCGGCAGAAAUCACAACCCAGCACACUUUAAAAUUAGCAGUUUUUUUUGGCUCUCUGACUAAAUAUCAGCAAGAGGAAGAAAAAGAACUUUGUUUCUUAAUUAUUCUCAUUUAAAUUAACCAACUAGGUUUUACCAAAAAGUAGAGGAGGUCUAAUUCUUUGAAAGAAUUUGGCAGUGAAAAGUAGACGAUGGUCACAUACAAUGACUGUGCAGCCUCCGGGGAAUUCCUCAGCCUCCCGCAGUGUGCACUGGCAGGCUGCAGAGGGCAUGCCCUUCUCCAUCUACAUCGGACGUUGAUCAGGGUUGACAAGCCAAAGCCCUUGGCACAAUUUAAUCUCCAUGUAACCACUUUCUGCUGUCUAGCUUAAGGCAAAGGAAAUGAGCAAUGGAAGUUGUGAAGUCCACUGCACCACCCUCAUCUCCCUGUCUUGAUUUGCUUAAUUCAUAAAUUUAUUCCAUGCCUGUCUCAUAGAUCUUGGUUUAGUUUUCCUUUGGGCAACAACUAGAAAAGAAGAGUUGGCUUUACAGGGGCUGCAGAAUAGGAAGCAAGUUUUACUUGGCCUCAGGAAGACAAAUGACGCAGAAGUUACCUCCACCAGCACUCGGGAAAGCAAUCACACAGUUCUGUGUUCAGUCAGUGAACAGAUGGGUGUCUGUGUUUGCAGCCUCAUUCGAUGUCAUUUGGUAAAUCCUCACUGAGCACCCGUGGGUGUUCCAGGCACUGUGCCAGGAACAAGUGAGGAGGAGCAAAUGACACAGCACCCUGCCUAUGAGGAUCUCCUGGCCUUGUGAGCCGUGAGGAUGUCUUCUCUGAGCUGUCAGGACUGUUGGGGGACAAAAGUGCGCGGUUAAGGAGUUGAACUAACUUGUCUGAUCAUAGUGAUUCCAGGGCACUGAUACUCCUCACUGAGGCAGUCUGAGGAGAGUGCUGGGGAAGUAGGUAAUGUUUCCCUAAAUGUCCUUUAUUCAUACCCAAGCCUGAGUCAUUUCACAUGUAGAAGGGAGCCAGUCCCUGGCAGAGGUAACAUGACUGAUGAGAGAGUUGGUCAAACUAAGCCAGAGGACGCUCUUAAAUAAGAAUAGCAGCCAGGCAGGCCUUGCAAGUUAGGAAGGAUGAUCCAGGUCGCGGAUGCUAGUGUCAGCCAAGAUUAAAGGUUGGACCUGCCUGAUAGGAGGCAACCAUCAGAGCUGACAGGUGAAAGGAGCCUCACUCUUGGAGGACCUGUAGAUAGUGCGGAGCUGUGAUGCUCCAGGUGUGGUCUGAGAAGCAGUUUCCCAAAGCACACUCCAGACCUGAUGAAUCGGAGACUGGAAGUGGAGCACAGUGAUCUUUGCUUUAAUGAGGUUCUGGGGCUUGCUGAAGUGAGAACCAUUAAUAUAGUGGGUGAGAAUGGUAUAAGCUGCAUCAGGCAGAGCUGCUAUUGACAAAAGAGAGUAAUCACUAGCGCAGUAAUGGGGUAACUUAGCAGGCCUCAUCUCCCCAACUCUCCCACGAGGACCUGCUUGACUCCAGUUCGUACUCCUGGAGCACUGGUUCAGAGAGCAUUGGUUUUACUUCUAACCCCCCUCCCUUCAGCAAAAGACAGUGCUUACCCUUGUGCCCCUUCUAUCCUAGAUGGAAACAGCCCAGGAGAUGCUCCAGUCAGGUCACUGGCACCUAGGGAAGCCACAUUCCAAGCUCCUGUCAACUGAGCAGGCCCCUUCAGGGCCAUUUGAAUGGGGAAACAACAUUGUAGCCAUGACCCUAGGUCACAAGGAGGAUUGCUGGGCUCACCGCUUGUGUACUAGUGAUGCAUGGAAAGCCUGCUAGAGAGUGGACAGGAUCAUUCAAGAAUGCUGUCAGGUUACUGCAGCACUGUCCAUUUGUAAUGGGACCUGGGACAGAGUACCACGAUUGAAAUGCUGAAUUAGAUGGGGAGUAGAUAGCUUUUCUUGGAAAGACAAUAAUUCAUGUUACUAAAAGUAGAAAACCAACAACCAAAAGCAAAACUAUAGCCUUAUCUACAAUGUGAAUCUGUCUAGACUCUCUCAUUUUUAAGGGCUAUAUAGAAGUGCCAGGCUCCACCAAUAUUUGAUCCCCAACCUACCAGAUGCUGGCAGGCUGCCGAUCACUAAUUUAUGCUUUGAACUCUGAGAAGGCAAACAAAUCCUUGGAAGAACUCAUUGGUGUUUUAUGAGUCAUUUGCACUUCACUGUGGCACCCAUCUUAUCCAGGAUGCAGAGGAAGAACAGAUAGGGAAAGAGUGGCAUGUGGUCCAGGAGAACCGGCAUCUGCUCUCAAAUUCCCACAGACCCAGACUCUGUCCUGCUCCGGGACACACCUCUGGCCAUCCAGCAGUUUCCUCAGUGACCUACAAACAACUCAUGGGAAACCUCCAUUUCUCCAGCCUAUUUUGUGCAAAUGUCUUCUGAUCAAAUGCCGGCCAACCUCCUAAGACCAACACAGGGAUCAUAAUGAAGACAACUCAUCUCUAAGAAAUUGGAAUUUGCUGAAAGGAAUGAAGAGAGAGAGAGAGAGAGAGAGCAGAUAGAAGAGUUUCUCUUUACAGUUCAACCUCCCCGAGUGACUUCUCUGUUGACACUUUUCUCUUCCAAGACUUGAAGCAAUUUUGUGUGUUUGUCUUAGUCACUCACUGCAAAAGCCUCCUGUGGACAGCAUGACAAAAAGAUAGUUCUGGAAGGAGGCUGGGCUCUGUCCUUGUUGGCAGACUUGCACUAGAGUUGGGUCGUGCAGGGUGGGGAGACAUUAAAGCCUGAGGGUCAGGGGCUCAGAUCCAGCCAUGACACCAGCUAGAUCAAGUGGGUAGUGGGAAGAUGGAGGGAUGAGAAUCAUAAGAUGGCCAGCCAUGGCCAGCCAUUUACUCUUUACCUCUCAGAAACAGGGGGAAGAACGUCAUUCUGUUACCAAGCUGAGUAUCUCCUGGGUCCUUCUUAGAGCAGCUCUUCCUGCUCUCUUCUCUGGAGCUUUGAGUUAAAUGAAAUGAACCACAGUUUUUCCUUCCCAGGAAUCUGAGGGGCACCCUGAAAAAUAUAGUCCUAUGAGGGAGGCUAGCAGGGAUUCCCAACACUUUCCAUCUCUGCUUGUCACUUCUCCAAAGCAAAAUAAUAACUAAUUUAUCGCAGCACCUUCAGUGUCAAUCACUGCACCUGCCUACAGCAUGGCCUCCACAGAUGUUGGAUUGAAUGGGCUCUCAGAGAUCAUAUGACUUCCAAGAAUAGACUUGGUUUGAAAAUUUAAGAUGCAUUAAUGCAAAAAAAUAAAAAGACUUCAGGAGCUCGGGGUUUGGCUCAGUGGCACAAGUGCUUACCUGACAAGCACAAGGUCAGGAGUUCAAUUCCAGUACCAAGACUUCAUCCUCCACUCUUACCUUUCCUUUUUCUCUCUGUCUGUCUGUCUGUCUGUCUCUCUCUCUCUCUCUCUCUCUGUAUCUAUGUACAUCAAGAUCCUUUAUGAAAUCAUGUAGAAAAGGAAAGGAAGUGCAGUUGACAAAUGACAAAAUUUCUGCUAUCCAAAUGAAAGGACAGAAAUGUGCUUGUUUGGAAAGUGACCCUACCCAGCUACGGCCAGUAGAGGGAGCCUCUAAGCUAGGAGCAAGAACACACGGACCUUGAGCUUCGUUCCCCACUCUAAGGGUCUUGGGCAGCAUCUCGACUGAAGACAAAAACUUACUGUGUUAAUGAGCACAGCCCAGUACUGCUUUUCAGUCCCUUUUAUCAGGUUUGCUGCAGAGGAGAUUCAUCAGUGUGAAGCUCAAUUCCCCGUAGUAUAAUGAAAAGAGGGCAAAAGACGUGAGAGGUACCCGAAUGCAGACGGUGUGUAUAAAUCACAGGCAACAGAGACGUGCUGGCUUUAAUGUGUGUUUGCUUUUAUCUUGAAAUGCAUCUUUGUUACCUGGACCCUUUACAAGCAUUUGAGAACAGAAAUAGGACACACACGUAUAUGCAUAUACCAAUAUUGAGGGGUUUUCUUCAGCAGAAAAUGCUGUUAGAGAAAGAAGCCCAGAGGUUGUGUCCAUUCUCAGAAGUAUAGAAGCAACCCAGAGGUCUCAGUCACAGACUCCAGCGCCUCUGUGGGAAAGAGCUGGAAAGGUAGCAGAGGUAGCCUCUGCUUUUUGAAAGGAUUCCUUAGGCACUUGGGCAUGAGGGGCUGGUUUGUACCUAUGGAUCACAGAUGGAAAUAUGUAUUCACGCAUCUUUGGAGGCCAAAGACAAUCUGGAACACGAUGAUCUGGCCCCCACCCUCACCCAAUCCCCGGAUCCGUUAUACAUCUAAUAAGGAGUCAGUGACAUGUGGGAUUGAGAAAAGCCACACUUUAGGUAGAAGGAAUAAGGCAAAGUUUUCCAGGCAAGGCAAUUAGAGAUAACACCCAGCAAAGAUCAUUCAAAAGGUAAUAAAAGAGAUAAGGAAGAAGGUAACUCAGAGUUGGAAGGGGAAUGGGAAAAUUGGGUCAGAGUGGCAACAACAGAAAUAGCCCAUCACCUAGCCAGACUGCACCUCUAUAUUUAAAGCUAUAUUCAGAUUUCAAAGCAAUUGUGGAUAAGUCGGGUCAUAUGGCCAUAGCAGAAGUCCACCCAAUUGCUUCCCAAAUCAGGGAUGUUAGAAAGUGAUUUCAAAUCUCAGUUGAGCUAGUCAUGAUGGAUCAGUCCACCUGACUGCUUUCAGCCUGGCCUCAGAGGUUUCCACAAAAGUGUAAUGAUGCCCAGAACUGGACAGGCCUGACAGAUUGGGGAAAUCCAGUUGGUGAGUUCAGGAAAGAAAUUGUACGUAGUAUUUGGUUGUUUUCCAGGAAAUCUGUAGAUAUUUGAGUUGGGUUUGUUAUGUUAUUGUCAUAGACAUUAUAAUGUUUGCAGUGAGGAUAUUCAGAGUGAUUUGGUGAGGCAUUAAUUAGAGAAAUUAGAGUAUUAAAUAUAAACUAUCAGAAAUGCCUAGGAUAACUAAGUUAAGGGCAGUUGAUAAUAUAUGUAUAAAUACAUAUAUGCAUAUACAUGUACAUAUGUCUUAUAACUAUCUAUACUAUAGAAGUAAGAUAUGGAAUAAAGAGGUCAAUGGUUCCAACACAUUUUACAUUUUUUAGAAGCACUGGAUUGGACGUUAUAUAUCUUUCUUAUUAUUGUUUGCUUUUAGCUCUCAAAGCACUGAGAAAAACACCUAGCACAUAGCAGGAGUCUGAUAAACAUUUGGAAAGGAAGAGUCCAGUUUGUGACUACUUGGUGAAGACCAGUAUCACUAUACCUCAAAAUGAACAAGUCACAGAAAAGAAGGGCAGCCAUGUGCCCCUUUUGCUGAGGAGAGUCUUUGUGAAUUCAGAUUCCAUCCAGUAUCCAACAGCUGCACGCACUGGGUCUGGCUCUCCAGUAGUGCACAGGAAUGGGAUGUUCCUCCUGGCAGGUUUGUGACACUUAGACCACAUUUAAAUUACACCCAAUGUGGUUUCUGCAAGGAAGGGGCUUCCUCCCUACUGUCUCUUCCAUUUCCUCCACACUUGGUAAAAUGCUGUUAAACAAUCACCUUGGGGCAUUAUUCUAGACCUAAAUGUAAAGGCUCCAGGUUCAGCCAGUCUAAGAGGUCUAAGGUUUUCUGCUUCCCCCCCCCCCCCCCCGCACCUCCUGUCUCUAGAUGUCACCACCACUGGGAACCCUGAUUAUACCAAGCUCCUCAACCAAAGUGUGUAGGGAAGGUCUCGGGUACAGACAUGCACUUCUCCUGCUGGGGUCUCAGUGGUCCAGGAGACAAGAGUGGCCUCACUUUACAGAACAGCCUCCAGGGACUGCUUCCUCCUGGGCAGCUCCUGCCCAGCACUGCAGUGUCUCCCGCUGUGGCUUCUCCCCAGGCCUGGGCCCGCAUGGACCUGACACAUGGUAACUUCUCAGUUCCUUGAGCUGCCUCAGAGAAUGGACCUUUUUAGUCUAGAAAAUGUGUUUAUUUACUAAAUAUACUAUUGUAUGUGUAUGAGUGUGAUACAAGGCAGACUUUGGGAUAUCUCCUCAGAAAGACUGUAUGAACCCAUGGAAAAUUAAAUCUACCUUUAUAAGAGCACUUUGUCUUCUGAGUGGACAAGGUGGCUCAGCUGUGGAGGAUCAGAGAACCUUCCCCUUGCUACCCCUUCCUGGGCAACCUGGGCUCUGCAGAAUGGGGCUGCCAUACCCAAUUCAAACCUAUGUAGUGUGAGGGGUGCUGAGGGGCUACAUGUACAUAAAGAUACAGGAAGAAAAUAAGAACCGUCUGGGAAUCUGUUGGGCUUCUCUCCAUGACUGUGAUCUUAAUUAUGUUUGAAUCACAAACUUUAAAUUUCUAACAAUUAUGAUUCUUGCAGUUUCUGAGUAAUUUGUUAAAUGCCUAUUUAACACAGACAGAUAUUUAUUUUCAGCCUUGGCUUGUAAAUGCCUACAAACUGAUUCAUGUUGGUGGUCAUUAUGACACUUCUGUGAAUUGGUGAAUAAAUAUGAUUUUAGAAUUUCACAGUAAA